AUGUCGAAUGUUGGGAUGAUUUCCAUGAAAAUGUCUGCUUCAUGGGAAGCUGAAAAGUCUUCAUCGAAUGCCAUUCCGAGACUCUGUAGCCUUAGUUUGGUGCAAAUAAUAUUGGAUAGGCCUAUUGAACCUGAAUGUCCAAACACAGGAUUUUAUGUAGUCGUUCGAAUGCGUGGUACAGCUCGUCGGGUUUUACGUUCGCCUGAGAUCACUCUUAUUUGUCCACGUGCUUCACAGUCACAAAAUGGGGUUGCAAACUUUCAUUCAAACAAUGUCCAACAUAAUCCGACUGAGAUUGGCUGCGGCGACUCAACCGGUCAGGGAGGAUGUUCUCUUUCCCUCAACACACCUGGAUCCUUAGUUGGCGGUGGCGUUUCGGUUCUUAUUGACUUCACGUGCAAUAUUCAGUAUUCACAUUUCCUGACUCGUGAUUCUAAUACGCUUCAAAUUUUACUCCAACGUCGUAAAAAGUACAAAAGCAAAGCUGUGAAUUUAGGAUACAAGACACUUGCUUACUGUAAUGUCAGCCUUGCCCAAGUUUUACAACGCCGUAUCGAGAAUCGAUUUUUAGAUUUAUAUACCGAUCCAAAGUGUUCCACUCAUCCAAUUGGCAGAAUCGAAGUUUUAUACUUAUCAAGUUUACCUAUUGAAAAAGAUUUAUUAAACGGAAAGCGUAAAGUUGUAGAUGAAGAUGAAGAUUAUCCUAUACCAGAUGUUUAUAGUGAACAAGAGGAUUCAGAUCACGUUGAAGAAAGUGAUGACGAUCAGAUAGCUGAGUGUGAAAUAGUUGGACAUAGUCGUCAAAAAAAGCUUGUUAAAGCUAUGUCUGUUGGUCAAAAGCAAAUUAAGCAAAAAUUAAUUGGUUUACUGAAAAAAUUAAAAAUUAGUGAUCCUAAUGAGGUUGAUUUAGAUGUGGCUACAACAUCGAAAUUAUGGGAUGAAAUUGAUCGUAUAGCGACAGCUAGUGAUAUCGAAGAGGAUUCAGAUGCGGAAAGUUAUAAUUUAGUCUCGAUUCAGAGUACACCACGACCAACACUUCGACCAUUUUUCGCUACAGCCGGUAGCUCUGAUGAUACAUUGAGUGCCGAUGCUGGAGCGAAAUUGUUGAAACGCCUACAAAGAGAGUUACUUGCCCAAAGUGAAACUGAUACAUCACCGGAUACUAUACAUCUACGAUCUAUGCUAGCUUCAGUUGGUAAAUCGGUAAGCUUUCAAAACCCAUUCGAGAAAUCUUCUGGAAAGUCCGAUUUAUUACCUUUAGAGAGAUUUUCCGCACUACCAGGUUCACCUACGACAACAUUUACUGAUUCUGGACCUUUGCAUUCCACUGAUUCUUCACUCCUUCAACGAGGUGGUGGUCAUAUGAUGAGUUUAGCUGGUGGCCGUUUCGCCAAACGAUUUGCGCAUAUUCGACGACGAUCUAAUUCAAAGCAUAUUUUUGGAAUGCAUAGACCCAAUAAAUCUAACUACAACCAGGAAUCUGAAACGGUUAAUCAACGUGUAGAAAAUAUUACUAUGGAAAGUGAAUCGUCAGAUGAUCACUCUCCAACCGAUGGUGGAUUAGAUCCUUCUUGUUUAUCUUUAUCUCGUGGACAAGAUACAGUUUUUGAUUAUUCCGCUUUACAUAAUUCUUCGGGAGAUUUCUCUCAAGCAAUAAACCCUACACUUUGUUCUACUCCAGAAACUAAUCGUUCGUAUAUAUUAGGCGAUAGAGGAAUUUCCGAUGGGAAUAUUGCUUAUGAUGAAAAGAAAAUUCAUGAGAAAACACCAACCAAUUGUAAUACAAAUUUCUCAACUAAUGAAAAUAAAUCUUUUGAAGCAUCAGCAAAUUCUUUUGGUACUUCUGUGGAAAUGAAUCCGUCAAAUUUAGAAAAACUAGCAAGUGUCACAUUUAUUGUUGGUAGUUUCGAAAAAUCUGGAAAAAUUGUAUUUAGUCUACUAUCUGAAUUAAAUCUACGUUUAUUUAACGUAAAUUCACUCAUUGAAAUGCGUACAAUUUUCACACGUUUGGCUAAUGAAGCACAAAGCUAUACACGACGUAUAUCCGAUGGUGAUUAUAUUAAAAUUUGUAUACUCGGUGGAAAUUUAUUGAUUAA